GCCCGGCCGAGGACGGUAACGGGACCUCCGGCCCCGCGCGCCUGGGGAUCGGGGACGGCGCCGAGCUCCCCGGCCGCGCCUUGGCUUCAGCUUGGAGACAUGGGCACAGCUUGAAAGCACACUCCACUGCCAUGGCCCUGGUCAGCAUCAACGAGCUGCCGGAGAACAUCCUGCUGGAGCUGUUCACACACGUGCCCGCCCGCCAGCUGCUGCUGUGUUGCCGCCCUGUCUGCAGCCUCUGGCGGGACCUCAUUGAUGUGGCAACCCUCUGGAAGCGCAAGAGCCUGCACGAGGGCUUCAUCACCAAGGACUGGGACCAGCCCGUGGCUGACUGGAAGAUCUUCUACUUCUUGUGCAGCCUCCGCAGGAAUCUCCUGCGCAACCCAUGUGCGGAAGAGGACAUGAGAUCGUGGAGAAUUGACUCCAAUGGAGGGGACCAAUGGAAGGUGGAGAGCCUCCCAGGAGAUCAUGGCACCGACUUUCCUGACCCCAAAGUCAAGAAGUACUUUGUCACGUCCUAUGACAUGUGCCUCAAGUCCCAGCUGGUGGACCUCAAGGCUGAAGGCUACUGGGAAGAGCUACUGGACACUGUCCGGCCAGAUAUCGUGGUGAAGGACUGGUUUGCAGCCCGGGCAGACUGUGGCUGCACUUACUACAUCCGCGUGCAGCUGGCCUCGGCUGACUACAUCGUCUUGGCCUCCUUUGAGCCCCCACCUGUGACCAUUGAACAGUGGAACGAUGCCACGUGGACAGAGGUCUCCCACACCUUCUCAGACUACCCUCCAGGCGUCCGUCACAUCCUCUUCCAGCACGGGGGCAAGGACACUCAGUUCUGGGCUGGCUGGUACGGGGCCCGUGUCACCAACAGUAGCAUCAUCGUCAGCCACAAGACAGCCAGGAACCCGGCCCCCUCCCCACCGGCUGUGCCUGAGAUGCUUCAGCCACAGGGAGAAGACACCCACUCACCCUUCCCGCUUCGGUUCCACAGGCUCUGGUGAUAGUCAUCAUCUGAUAGCCACUCAUCCGUUCUCUGUCCCAGUCAGCCAAAGUCCCCCCCAGGCAAGUGCAUUGGGUAGGAAGGUCCCUGUCCAAGAGCUUCUGCCUCCGUCCAACCUUAGCAACCCUGCAACUUGUGAUUUGCUGUCACACAGCCCUGACAUUUUAUUGUAAUAAACAUUUUCAGUAAAACCAGCCUGGGGU